AUGGUCCAUAGUUCUGUCGUCUCACGUUUUUUGUCAUACUCAGUCGCUGAUUGUGGUGCCCAUAGGAAGUUCGGCAAGCAAAUCCAGCGUAGACAACUCGAUCUCCCCGAAUAUGCCGCGAGUUUUGUAAACUACAAGGCUUUGAAGAAGCUUAUCAAACAAUUAAGUGCAACACCAACAAUUCCAGCGCAGACCAGUGUUGGUGUAGACGAAGAUGUGCCGGAAACACAAGUUGCGCUUCGCGCAAAUAAGGAGGUGUUUUUCUUCAGACUUGAACGCGAAAUAGAGAAAGUGAACACAUUUUACCUACAGAAAGAAGCGGAGUUUUCGUUACGAUUGAAAACGUUGAUCGAUAAGAAGAGAGUCAUCCAGUCGCGGGCAGUGACUAGUUCCAAAGCACCGGCAAACUUCGUUACUCUGUUUGAAGGGUUCCAGCAAUUCGACGGUGACCUGAAUAAGUUACAACAAUUCGUCGAGAUCAAUGAGACUGCUAUGUCUAAAAUCCUUAAGAAGUGGGAUAAAACCUCAAAGGUCCGAAGCCUCCACAACCCUACGCGUGAUAGACUUUUUACUGUCAGUCAUGAAGCUGUCGAGGUACAGCCGUGUUUCAAUCGUGACGUUUUGCGUGACCUGUCAGACCGAGCCACAACGGCACGCCUAGAGCUUGAAGCAUGGGCGGAGGGUGAAAAUAUUCAUUUUGAUACUGCUCGACCGGCAGACCGGCCCAUGGCUGUUCAGAGCUUUGGGCCCGAUGAGGAAGAUCUUGAUCUUCAAAUACUGCAAUCUGCAACUGCGGGAAACCUCCAAACUCUUCGUGAGUGGACUGAAAAGUUACACGUAUCUCCCGAUGCUAGGGAUCGUGCCACGCGUACUUUUCUUGCUGCCAUUAAUGAGUUUUCAGACGAUGUACUUGCAGUUCUUGUUGAUAGCGGCUUAGUUGACAUGUAUGCAGAAGACGACAUCAAUGAGCGCAAUUGCCUACACGAGGCGGCUAUCUCAGGCCGAAACUUUGUUUUCAGCGCUGGCCUUGCAGCAGGUGUGGACGUCUCUAGAUCUGAUGUCUACGGCAGAAUUCCUUUACAUUAUGCUUGUAUUCAUGGUCGUGUGAAGAUGGUGCAAGAGCUCCUAACAGCCGGCCCUCAUACUGUUGACAUGAUGGAUCACGAUAAUUUCACUCCGCUGGUCCACAGCAUUGUGAAAGACCAGUUAGCAUGCGCUGAGCAACUUUUGUACAACAAUGCUCGCAUCGACCCAGCGUCAGAAUCAGACCACAUUCCACUGAAUUUAGCAUGUCAACAUGGAUCGCUUGCAAUAGUAAAAAUGCUUCUUGAGAGAAACGCCCAAUUACUGCCAGACGCAGAGGGCCUUUAUCCUCAACAUAUGGUGGCACGUGCUUCACAAUCCCCCCAGUUACUUCUAACACUGAAGCAACAUGGAGCCGAUCUCAACCAACGUGACAAGUUGUACCAGUGGACUCCACUCUUCCACGCCGCUAGUGAAGGCUGUGUUGGCUGUCUACGCACUCUUCUAGAGCUUGGUGUUGAUGCUGAUGUGAUCGACGAGAAAGGUCUUGCCGCCAUGUACUACGCUGCUUGGGAAGGGAAUUUGGAGUGUUCUAACUUUGACUCUCACAUGAACGACUCGGCUGUGCUGGAUACCUUCGAGACAGCUGAUGGGAUUCCUGAUCUAUCCUUGCCACCGCCCAUUAUACCAUUAAGGCGCUAUGGCCACAAUUUCUUGGACAAGAAAGUUUUCAUCCAGGUUUUUUUUGACCCAGGUAACUCGGGCUCGGUUUCAUUUGACCAAGCAGGUCGCCACCCUGCUGCUCGAUUAACUAUUUCCUCCAAACUUUCGGACUUAAUCCCACGCACCAUGAUGCUCCCAAUCCAGGAAGAUUCGCGCCUAAUAUCAUUUCAGGUGGACAAUUUGGAGACAUUUUCUGUUGAUUUCGAGAUCUUCCCUACGUUUGGUUCGAAAGUCAUUGCAAAGACUGUUGCUCUGCCGGCCGUCUUCAAAGCCGAAGAUUCUAGCACUGGGUCGUGCUGUUUACCGCUCUUCGAUCCGAGGCUGCGGUCAAUCGGCCAGCUACGUUUUGGAUUUCAGGUUAUCAAACCGUACCAUGGCGAUCCUUUGGAGAUUACCCACUUUGCCACGUACUGGAAGGCGACAAGUGCUAGUGACUCGGAACACAAUGGCCUAGUAACAGGGUCGAGCUUAUCGGGAGACCAUAUACAGCUUUUUGUACAACUCACCAGAGACAAGAUCCCCAUACUUCAUCCUAGGUUUACAAUAGAGUACCAUGGGAUUGAAGUCCCUGUCUGCCAUCUUACCUACACUCAGUUCCAAGCCAUUGGCCUUGAGACUGGCAUCGAUCGGCUCGAAGUACUGCAAUUUUUACAAUCUCAUGCUGCUUAUGAUUUGGCACGAACCCAUAGGCUGCUGGCGGGCUCGUUCCUUUCUCUAAAGGAGGUUUUCCGGAACCUCCCCAUCGGAGUUAACGUCAAUCUUUCUAUCCUCUACCCUUCUACUGCUGACGCGGAGGUAUUGAAUAUGACAUCCCUGCCAGACGUUAACACCUUCGCAGAUGCCAUUCUUACAGAAGUUUUCGAUCAUGCCCGCGUUGCUCGCGAGCAGAACCCAGACUUCAUGCGUUCCGUGGUGCUAACCUCCUAUAAUCCGAAUGUCUGCAUUGCUUUGAACUGGAAACAACCAAACUACCCUGUACUCCUUUGCAACGACCUCGGCCAAAUUCGGGACCUAGCUCGCGACGUCGGUUCAUUGCCAGACAUUAAUAGCAGUGGCCGUGCAUCGAUGUCCAUUAAAGAGUCAGCACGGAUAGCGCAGGGCAACAAUUUCAUGGGUCUGAUAUGCCGGUCUAGUCUGCUGGUGCGUGCAUUCAUUCUCCCUACUCCCGUUCGUAUUACAUUGUACUAUAUGAACAAUAGACUUAACGUUGUGCCAGCGCUUGUAGAGACAAUCAAGGAGCUUGGCCUUGUACUAGUAGCAGACACUUCUGACGAAGUUGAACCACCGACGCAAAAGGAGCUUUCAACAAACGCAAAUACUAUGGGUGUCGCUGACUGGGCAUAUCGGAUGCCUGAUGGCGUGAACGUGUUAUGA